AUGGGCAAUAACCAGGCUAAUCAGUUCGAGAACCCUUAUGAUAUCUACAAAACCUAUUAAGUAAUAUUUCUUUUGAUAAUUUAGAAUCAAUGGUAUAUUGGAGUAGAAAGGGAAGUAUAAAAAUUAGGAUAUGAUAUAAAUGUCAGAUCAGAUCGUUUUCAUAAAAACAACUUUAUUUCCUUAUACUAAAUAAUUAAACCAGAGCCUGAGUAAAUUAUAACAAUGAGUACCAAUGAAUCUCUCUUCGCAACAGAGUUAGAAAAUAUGAAACGAUCUAAAAAAACCAUAGAUCCAUUUAAAGAAUUUUAAGUUACAACAUUGCUCUAAGAUUGUGAUCCUUGCUUAUAAGAUUAUGAGCAAAAAAUCAUUAAUUAAUUAUCAACUCUCUCUGGCAGCCUAUUAGAAAUCUUUUAAACUUUUCGACAAACAUAACUUCCUAAAACAAGUCAAGAAUUAGAUACAUUAUUAAUUAAAUUUAGAGAUUCAUAUGUCUAAGUAAUUAAAUAAUUAAUUUUAGAUUUUAAUACAUUAUUAUGAUCUUAGACACUAUGCUAUGAUGAAUUAGUGCCAAUUUCUGAAUCUUUAAUCACUUCAGUGUCUUGUCACUAAUAUGAUCUUUAAUGAUGAAAUAUCUUCUUAUGUUUACUAAAUCAAAAAGUUGGAAUAAAUACAAGAAAAUGAAAGGAUACAUAUUAAAUUGUUAUAAUCUCAAAAUAAAACUUUGGCAGAUUUUGGAACAUCUAUUAAAUUUUGUUUAGAUUGCACCACUAGAGAUUAUAUUUAAACUAAAAUAUCAUCUAAGAUUAAUACAAAUCCAUAGAAUAAUAAUAAUAAUCUAUAAUAAUAAGAUAAUUAUGAAACUCUUAUCAUAGAAGAUGUUGAUAUUACAUAGAUACCAUCUAGACCUUAAGCAAGAUUGCUUUAAGGUACUUUUUUUCAUUAAUCACCUUUUGAAAAAGCCAUAUAGGCCUUACAACUUAUUUAAUUUAGAUAAACUCCUCAUCAUAAAAUAAAAUAGUUAAUAAUGUGUUUUUAAUGUAUAUAUUCUACAAUUUUGGAUUAUUAUUAAUAAUUUGCUUAACAACCAUCUAAUAUGAGUACAGAUGAAAUGAUAACUAUAUUUAAUUAUGUUUUAUGCAAAUCAAAACUAUAAAACCCAUACACUCAUUUUUAAAUAAUGUAGAAAUAUUUGGGAAAUUUAGAUGGUGUUGAAGGUAUCUAUCUUACUAUAAUGGAAGCCACCUUUUAGAUUGAUUGA